AUGGAAAGCGACCAAAUGUCCGAAGAAAGAAAAAUCGAACAAGCUGUCGAUGGCCAACAUGGAAUAGUAACCAGCGCAGAAAAAGAUGAAAACCACUAUGACUCUGACACUGAUAUUAAUAAAACAUUCAUUGAACCGUCUACACGUCCAAGGAGGGAAACGCGACCACCCGUAUGGACCAAAGACUACUACACAGCCCACUCUUCAAUAACAGAAAACACAGGCGAACCAUUCUCAUACGAAGAAGCGAUAUUGAAAAGAAAAAAGAAUGAAUCUGCAGAAUGGGAACAAGCAAUGAAGGAAGAGAUAAACUCUCUAAACAAAAAUCAUAUAUGGUCACUUUUCGAACUGCUAGAAGGAAAGAAAGCAAUAAGAUGCAAAUGGACAUUCAAAAUAAAAAAGAAUGCAAACGGAAAAAUACACCGUUACAAAGCACGACUGGUAGCAAAAGGAUAUGCACAAACACAUGGAGUUGACUACUAUGAAACCUACUCACCAGUGACGAACAUCACUAUUAUUCGUUCACUCCUAGCCAUAGCAAAUAACAGAAAAAUGCAUAUACAUCAAAUGGACGUGCACACAGCCUUCCUUAACGAAGUCCUCGAAGAAGUGUACAUGUGUCAACCUGAGUGUUACGGAACAAAUUCGAAUUUGGUAUGCAAAAUUACACGAAUCAAUCUACGGACUAAGACAGGCCGCUUGUGUAUGGAAUCACAGCUGUGA